AUGGACUAUCUCCAAAAUGUUCGCAUCACAUUCUGGUCGGAUGCCCGAGGAUCUCCAGAUCCACUUGAUGCUGAGUUCAGGUCUCCGGCAAUGGAUUAUUAUCUAUGGUUGGACCACAGGGCUGGUGGAUUUCAUAACGAGUGUCGUAUGAAGCUGGAGAUGUAUCAUCAGAUAACCUUGAAAUCUAUCAAGAACCGAGAGGGCAAGGAUAUCAUACCACUGCGUCAGUUAUCGUCUAUAUAUAACAUUCAUUGUCUAAUUAGUAGAGAAGUUGAUUGGGGCUCCUAUCACGCAAAUACCUGUCAAGAAUACGAUUUGUGUGGGGCAUUUCAGGGUUCUGUGUACGAGGAGAACAUCCAGCAUCUACUAGAUGCAGUAGAUACUUCCAUGGACGCAGGUCUCAAGGGUCAGAAAUCGGCCAGCUCGGAAGCCAGUCACGACAUUAACACGGAUAGACAACCACCAUUAGAAGUAGAUGUCAUGCAGAGCAAUAUCGAUCGCUCAGUGGAGUCGGUGGAUGACAAUUUGAAUGCAUCUAGUGCUGCGGAAUUCGCCCAAGCCAGUCACGACAUUGACACGGAUAGACAACCGACAUUAGAAGUAGAUGUCACCCACACCAAUAUUAAUCACCCAGUCGGGUCGGUGGAUGAAAAUUUGAAUGCAAUAUCUAGUACUGCUGAUGCAACGGAUGGAGAACAUACAUUUGAUGAAUCUAUUACAAUCUCAGAUACUCUGUCACUGAGUCAGCAUUCAGAGCUGAUCCAAACUGCGACAUCAAAUCGAGGUUGUACUGGUACAGAUGGGGCUAUUGAACCACCAAAAUCUGCUGAACACGUAGAGUCAGGCCUGAGGCCAUUUCCACAUGCAUUCAAGCAGUCAUACUGCAGGCGGGCUAUUAGUACGAUGGGGGUACCGAGUAUCCGUAUUGAUCUUUCCCAGUGGUUUAUUGCAUACAUCGUCGUAAGGAUGCGAGAGAUUCAUGGACUUGACGAAGACACCCCUCUGGACCAUGUCUUGGACUUCGGGUCUGAGAAUCAUGUCACCUGUGCAGAAUACAGCGAGGUGCAUGGAAUGGCAACAUUCAUAAAGAACGUGCAGACCAUUUCGGUCGAACGGCGAACUAUGGCGCAAUUCUUUGAAUGUGCUUCUCGUGGUCUCACCAUGGCCAGGGUGUUUGUUGAUUGUGCAAUUCAAUGUGAUGAAGAGUCCGAGGAUCACAAUAUGAAGCAUCAACGAGAUGCGUUGGCCAUUGCUGUACAAGAUACCGAUUCUCCAUGUUUUCAAUAUUCCAACGAUGUUCCCAACACGGAAUGCGAUGAUAUCAUUAACAAUUCCUCGACAUCGAUAGGUCAUGAUCAGGAUUCCUCGGCGGCAUUCACUUGGGAUGUCGAAACGCCUUGCAUAACUCCUGGUGAUUGGAUGAACCGUUUGACUCCAGGAAGCUCUACAAAGAACAAUAUCGUCAACGAUUCAAGUUCUGACGACCAUAUGGACCUGCGUGGUCGGCUAAGACCUCGGAAGCCCAAGGAGCCCAAACGUCGUGUACAAUUUGCGAAGCAACGCCGUCGUGAAAAUUCACCCUCGGAGCAAGAUGUCAAUCCACGGUCCAGGUCAAAGAGGCGGAAUGCUCCACCAGCCGUGCAUUACACCUUAGAUGACCUGAUCAAGGAGUCACGCAAGGAUCACAAAGAUAUUCAGCCAUGUAUUCACUCCUUUCUUGUCGAUCCCCACCGGGAUGCGUUCAUCGAAAGCAACUUGCCAACUGAAUACGAUCUACUAGUGGAUGUUGCGCGAUUUAUAGCGGGUAGGCUAUCGAAAAAGUCAAUGUCGGAUACCCCCAUGCUUGCAGCACUAUCGCUGAUGAAGAUCGAAUACUGGCUACAAGACGUUGCGGAUGAUUGCAACAAGGCAUUAGAAGCCGGCGAUAUGACAUUAUCACCUUUGGCCCGACAUGUCUUACUCGAACUUUCAAAGCGUGCUUCGACGGAUGCAGUAUCUCUGAGUGAAGCAUUGGAGAUAUACAUAUCGCUACGGGCAUCACACCCUGGCGCAGACAUUGAGUAUGAAUCUGGAUUCAAGGAUGAUGUUUUCAAUGCACAAUGGAUAAUACAGAGAGAUCUAAAUACCCCAUCGACCUACCAUGGAGAGGCACAUCAGUCAAAGGCCGCAGAACUUCAUUAUCGGUUGGUUCAAAAGAUCCAACGUGCGACUGUCACCGCAAACAAACACCUGACACCACAGCCUAACACCCGACGAGAGCAACUGCUCAAGACCCCAACAAGGAGCUACGACAAGACAAACAGGUGGGAAGAGGACGAGAGAAUUAUGGGAGAGAACAAACGGCGCGCAACACAUGAAACGACCGAGAAUGCCUUGUCCGGGCAACAGCUCAGAGCUCCAACAAGGAGCUACGACAAGGCAAACAGGCGCGCAACGCGUGGAAUGACCAAGAAUGUCUCGUACGAGCAACAGCUCAGAGCUCCAACAAGGAGCUACGACAAGACAAACAGGUGGGAAGAGGACGAGAGAGUUGUGGGAGAGAACGAACGUGCGACUGUCACAACAGACUGA